AUGGGUGCCCUGCGUACCCCCAGAAAGUGCAUGGAGAAGAAGUACGACUACGAGAAUUUCCCAAGAACAUCUGUGGUCAUCGCGUUUUAUAAUGAAGCCUGGUCCACUCUCCUUCGGACGGUCUAUAGUGUGCUCGAGACAUCGCCAGACAGCCUUCUGGAGGAAGUCAUCCUCGUCGAUGACUACAGUGACAGAGAGCACCUGAAGGAGCCCCUGGCCACGGAGCUGUCCCGCCUGCCGAAGGUGCGCCUGAUCCGCGCGAACAAGCGGGAAGGCCUGGUGCGAGCCCGGCUGCUGGGGGCGUCCACGGCCAGGGGCGAUGUGCUGACCUUCCUAGACUGUCACUGUGAGUGCCACGAAGGCUGGCUGGAGCCUCUGCUGGAGAGGAUCCACAGCGAGCCGUCGGCGGUGGUGUGUCCCGUGAUUGACGUGAUCGACUGGGACACCUUCGAGUACCUGGGGAAUGCCGGGGAGCCCCAGAUCGGCGGCUUCGACUGGAGGCUGGUGUUCACAUGGCACACGGUCCCCGAGAGGGAGAGGAUACGGAUGAAGUCCCCCAUUGAUGUCAUCAGGUCUCCAACAAUGGCUGGCGGGCUGUUUGCUGUGAGUAAGAGAUAUUUUGAAUAUCUGGGCUCUUAUGACACAGGCAUGGAAGUUUGGGGAGGCGAAAACCUCGAGUUCUCCUUCAGGAUCUGGCAGUGCGGGGGGACCCUGGAGACACACCCUUGUUCUCAUGUGGGCCACGUUUUCCCCAAGAAUGCCCCCUACUCCCGCAACAAGGCUCUGGCCAACACUGUCCGUGCAGCCGAAGUCUGGAUGGAUGGGUAUAAAGAGCUCUACUACCAUCGCAACCCUGCAGCCCGCCUGGAGUCCUAUGGGGACGUGACCGAGAGAAGGCAGCUCCGUGAAAAACUCCAGUGUAAGGACUUCAAGUGGUACUUGGAUACCAUCUUCCCGGAACUGCACGUGCCAGAAGACCGACCUGGCUUUUUUGGGAUGCUGCAGAACGAAGAGCUGAAAGCGCUCUGCUUCGACUAUAACCCUCCCUCGGAAAGCCAGAUCCUGGGCAACUUUGUGCUUCUGUACCGCUGUCACGGGAGGGGCCAGAACCAGUUCUUCGAAUACACGUCCCAGAAUGAGAUCCGCUACAACGCCCAGCAGCCUGAGGCCUGCGUGUCUGUGACCUCUGGGUCAGAUCUGCUCACCAUGGAUUUCUGCAUGGACACGGCUCCCCAGGACCAGAAGUUCCUCUUGCAGGAGGAUGGCACCCUGUUUCAUGUCCAGACCAAGAAAUGCGUUCAGGCCGAGGGGGACGUGGUCACCGACAGCUUCAUGCCGCUCCUCCGAGACUGCAUGGAUUCCAAGCUUCAGAAGUGGUUCUUCCGGGAGCGCGUGCUGUGAGGGGUCCUGAGGAGCCCGGCGCCCCGGAGCCUGGCCUCGCGGUGCAAUUUGUGAAGGGGAGGUGGGGUCUAGCGAAAAUGUGAAUCGUGCAGAUUUACAAAACUUCGAAACUGCUGCAAAAGACCUGAUUUUCCAGGUAGAGUUGUAAAAUCUAUUAACUUGAUAGACAGAAUUAGAACCUUAGAAUAUUUGUUCUACCCAGAUGUGAGUUUUGACCGCUGGGCCCUUUAGCCCCGCCAACAGAAAGCCGUGGACUGAAUGUCGGUGUGGGUGAGGACCCCCAGGGACGGAGCUGUCGGCAGAGGCGGGCAUUCCUGCCCUGUACUCUGCCGCGUUAACUGGUCACACCUCAGGCGUUGCGUGAGAUUGUUCUCACUGAGAGCGUUGUAUGCAUUUGUUCAGGCCACUGGGCUAUUUCACGUUAAUUUAAUAAAAAUAACGGUUUGUG